AACUCCAGACCGGUGUCCGAAGCUCCUUCAUACUGCCUUGUUGCAUGACAUUUUACCCCGAUGCUUCUACUAAUCAAAAGAUCAUUGGUGUUUAUCUCAGGUCAGUGACCUCAUUUGAUCUUCAAAAGGUCAUAGCGACCAAAAACCUGCGGGAUUGUUUUGAAUUUAAAUUUCAACAAGCCCCAAAGAUGUGUUACGCUAGGUUGUAUGUUUCUGAAAAAGGUUUAUCGGGCUUAUGUUAAGGCAGUGACCUCUUUAAACUUUUAUGAAGGUCGAAUAACGCAUUUUUCUCCAUGAGAUCAGUGAAUUCAAAAUGAGCGUCAAUAACUGCUUGUGCUGCUGCUCCUUAAAGCAAGGUUUUCAGCCCAAAAAAGGUUUUCACCUCGACCUCGCCUUCAUGCCUGACCCAAGGUCAAUGCGAUUCGUCGUAAUCUUAAAUUUCAUCAUCUUAGUGCCAAAGAAACCAUUUCAAAAAGGUAUCGCUUCGUCUACCAGCCCGUUAUUGUAUCAGAUUGAACGAGUCCCUAGGAAUGGUCCUUGUUGAGAGAGCCAUGGCAUGACUUUGACCCUUCAUUGCCUAGCGAUCUUACAAGGUAAAGCAAUUUUAUGCCAAAAGAUUGGGUGCUCAAUCUGCUGCAGCAGCUCAAAGUGUGACACCGUCACGAUGUGCCGCCAUCGUGCGGCUAUGCCACGUCAUACGGAGGCUGUUUUGGAAAAAAAACUCUGGUGAAGAUGUCUUGGUGAACGGUACCGCAUUUAUGCCACAUCAUAUUUUGACGAAUUCCUAGCUUAUCCUGUCGGAUUGAUGUCCUGAGGGAUUUCUGACGUCCGUCCAAAUAUUGCACCGCGCGCUGAACCUUGAACAUGGAUACUUGCACACGUCGGACAACGCUCGCCAAAAAGUCAGCAUGCGGGAACGACCAGCACGGGGCGGGGCGGAACCUGAUCAGUUUGCUAUUGGAAUCCAACGUCCAGUCCUGUUUAGAUAGCCUUGCCGCUCCAGAAUCAGACAAGAGCUUGAAACGCUCCCGUGGCUGUGCCAACCCGAGUCUCGUACCUCGAGCGAUGCCCCUGACCUGGACGACCGCUUGCCCGUGGCGGGGACUGUGUCGCGGUCGCUGUUCUGUUCGUGGGUGGAGAGCGUCAUACCACUGUCAAGUGUUGGCAGGAGGCACGCACCUGUGUUGUCUGUGGCUAAAAGUUUGUCCUCGUUCUUUGUAGCUAGACCUACGUGAGAGAGGCCUCAGCAAUAAGUGGACAUUAUACAUUGGGCGCACUGGCAGCGAGGCGACCCGCCGCGGCUACCGCCUCAUGACCUCCAUCUCCAUGCCCGUCUUCGACAAGAACAGCAAGGGGAACGUGACGGAAAAGGUUUUCGUCAAUAACACUCAGUGGGUGUACCGUACCCAAGAGAAGCGCGUGGCCCGGUUGCUGGGCGUGGCCGGGACGGACGUGCCGCUGAGCGACAUCCAGAAGCACGCGCCGCCACACAAGCUCGGCGUCAACGGCUAUUCUUUCUUGGUCGACAACAACGGUUACGUGCUGUACCACCCAGACCUGCGCCCCGUGCACAGAGAAGCCACGAAGCAGUUCCAAGAGAUCUUGAAACCCAAUUACAACACUGUGGACUUGGCCGAAGUGGAAAUUGUAGACAACGACGAGCCAAGAAGUAACGAUACUAAGCUGUUCAUGUUGCGGAAGGAUAUGAUUGAUCGACAGAAGGCGGAGACGUCGCUGUAUGUGCGACAGCACCUCGACGACAUGAAACGCGUCAUCAAGCGGCGGCAGAAGUACUACUACCACCCGGUGGACUCGACGCCGUUCUCGCUGGGCAUCGCUCUGCCCGACCGGUACGGGGACGAGCGCGUCAGCGGCCAGGUGGAGCUGACUCAGGCCGGCAGAAAUAGGGAACCGAUACUGGAUUACCUCGAGGGUCCGAAUUGGAGCGUCCACCCAGACUGGGUGUACUGUGAGUACGACAACCAGGACACCGACGCUCAUUCGUUUGACACCCCGGAGGAUCAAUAUCGGCAUUUCCUGAAGAAGGCCAUCUCGACCUCCGGCUUCCAGUGGCGCUCCAAGCGCGUGUACCCGGUGCCGGAGGUCAAGGAGCCCACCGGCCGCUACAGAUCUGACGAAACAAGAUCAGGGACGUAUUUCUGCGACCGCGACCUCUUCCAGUCGGUGGUGUUCGACGCCAAGGUCACGCUGUCCUUCAAGCAGGGACAGUCCUCCUCCAAGCACCCACUCGCGCCUAUCGUCGCCCAGAUGGCCAGGAUGGGUCUGUUCCACACAUUCGGGGCGGCGCACAGCUUCGUGGCCACCCGCUCGGGCUUCACGCGCUGGAAGACUCACUGGCCCCGAGACAUGGAUGUCGACCGCGAGGAUAUGAAGUUCAAUGGCGUCCGUGCCACGGACGAGGUUUGGUACAAGCGGGCCGUCGAUUACCACGACCACGACCCGACUGCGUUCGUGUACUCGGUACCGUUCGACGCCGGCCUGCGCAACGAGUCGCUGGUGACCGGCGCGCAGGCGCUGUUCCUGCGCAAGGGCAGCAAGCGCACGCCGGCAGCCGUGGUCGGCAUGCAGUUCCUGCACUCGCGGUUCCGCGAGAAGUUCCUCUCGACGGCCAACUGUCCUGCGCUGGGCAACUGCUCGCAGACGUGCGCCUCGGACGACCUCGACUGCUACCUGCUCGACGACUCCGGCUUCGUGGUGGUCUCCAAACGGCACGAGGAGACGGGCCGCUUCUUCGGCGACGUCGACGGCACUGUCAUGAACGCUCUGCUCAACCACAACGUGUACAGGCGCAUCACCAUGUUCGACUACCAGGGCGUCUGUCUGGACGUCGUGUCCACCGGCAGCUCGGCCUGGACUCUGCUGACGCCGCUGCGGUAUCUGCAGUGGUUCGCCAGCUGGCUGGGCGGUAAGAUGCUCUGGCUGCUGGUCCAGUCCAACCUGCUGCACCUGCUCGACAUCAACCUGGCGUGGGCCGCCGAGACGGUCGUUAACGACAACAUGGAUCACGGAGCCGGCGGUGACGGCGACGCCAUGUACGACUACGACAGCAAGCACACCUGUGUCCAAGUCGCCGACAGCCAUCAGCUCUUCAAGAUGGCGCACAUCAACAAAACGCGACCGCGCCCAUGCGACAAGCAUGUCGGUCUGUACACGCUCAACCACAACACCAAGCCGCUCAAGGCCUCGCUGGAGCACUGCUACGGUAUCGACAGCAGUUCGUGUAGCAGGCAGUUUGUGCUGGAGAAGGUGCCGUACACCAACCUGAUGAUGCUGGUGGUCAACACGCUAUGCCCGUGCGAGGGAGACAUGAUCUCGAUCGAGGCGCACGAGUGGGAGUACGAGAACGGCACGCAGUGCGCGCGGGAGCGGCUCGAGCCGUACCGGAGGCGGCCACAGUCCUGCCAGAGCUACCACGCAGAGGAGGAGAACAUCGACAUGUGUGGCAGGAGCGGCGCGACGCGGCUCGUGCCGCUGGCCGUCGGCUGGCUGGCGCUGCUGGGCGCGCAGCUAGUGGACGCGUGCUCGCUGCUCGACCUGGUCAUCGCGCGCUCGGCGGCCGCCGGCGGCGGCGUGCGCGUGGCGCUCAAGCUGGAGCUGACGGGCGUGGGCGAGGUGGCUGCCGUACUGCCCGUGCUGUGCGCCCGGCUGCCCAACGUCAGCUUCCCGGUGUGGCUGGCGGCCGAGUGGCUGCUGCUGCGGCUGCCCAACAGCACGCUGACCGUGUUCAGCGGCGGCGUGGACCGGCAGCCGACCGAGACCGUGCACUGGCCGACGGUGGUGGCGCUGCGGCGCACCGUCGGUGCGCACCGGCUCCUCUUCGAGCUGCACGCGCCGCUGUACCGCCAGCUGGCGCACGCCCUCUGCCGCUACGCUGACGAGUGCGGCGUGGUGGCGUCGCUGGACCUCCUGGGCGACCCGGCCGGCCUGGCGCGCUCCAUGAGCUCCGGCCUGUCCCUCGACGCCGACCACGUGGCGCGCACGGAGCUCCAACGGAGCGCGGCGCCACUGGGGCUGACGCACGGCCUGGCGCAGGGCCUGACCGGCCUGGGGCUGGCGCUGCUGGGCGCCGUGGCCGGCAUCGCCGACCAACCGCUGCAGGGCGCGCUGACAGUGGUGCCGUGA